CCGGCCGGGUGUUCCCGGAACCGGCUGGACCUGGCCGGUGGCGCUAUCCCGCUCCCCCGGGCUCCAGGGCCCUGGGUCCCUGUGCAGAGGGUGCAAGCCUGGGGCGGUAAUGGCCACCCUCUCGGGCCGUGGGGCUGCGUCCUCAGAGCCAUCUGGGUCCCCAGCACACCUGUUUCCUCUCCCACCUGGGCGCCCCCUCCGCGGGUCCCAGCUCCGGGCCUGAGCCUGGGGCGCCGGCAGGGCCCCGGGUCCAGGAGGGAGAGCGCGGCGCGCCGGAGCAGAAUGGCCUUCCUGAUUCCAGAGCCUGCCCGGAUGGGGCCCCUGAGGCCCAGCCCAGGCCCUGGGGGGCGAGGAUUGUCGAUGCCCCCCUUGCUGCUGACCCUGCUGCUGCUCCUGCUGGCUCCAUCCCCAGGUCACACCACUCAGGUGGUGUACAAGGUGCUGGAAGAACAGCCUCCCAACACCCUCAUCGGGAGCCUCGCAGCCGACUACGGUUUACCGGACGUGGGCCACCUGUACAAACUGGAGGUAGGCGCCCCGUACCUGCGGGUGGACGGCAAGACAGGCGACAUCUUCACCACAGAGACCUCUAUUGACCGCGAGGGGCUCCGCGAAUGCCAAAACCAGUUGCCUGGUGAUCCCUGCAUCCUGGAGUUCGAGGUGUCCAUCACGGACCUCGUGCAGAACGGCAGUCCCCGGCUGCUGGAGGGCCAGAUAGAGGUCCAGGACAUCAACGACAACACGCCCAACUUCGCCUCGCCGGUCAUCACACUGACCAUCCCUGAGAACACCAACAUCGGCUCGCUCUUCCCCAUCCCCGUGGCUUCUGACCGUGAUGCCGGCCCCAACGGCGUGGCAUCCUACGAGCUGCAGGCCGGGCCCGAGGCCCACGAUCUGUUUGGGCUGCAGGUAGCCGAGGACCAGGAUGGGAAGCAGCCACAGCUCAUCGUGAUGGGCAACCUGGACCGGGAGCGCCAGGACUCCUAUGACCUCACCAUCAAGGUGCAGGACGGUGGCAAUCCCCCGCGUGCCAGCAGCGCCCUGCUGCGCGUCACUGUGACGGACACCAACGACAACGCCCCCAAAUUCGAGCGGCCCUCCUACGAGGCUGAGCUGUCUGAAAACAGCCCAAUAGGCCACUCGGUCAUCCAGGUGAAGGCCAACGACUCAGACCAAGGUGCCAACGCCGAGAUAGACUACAUGUUCCACCAGGCCCCUGAGGUCGUGAGGCGUCUUCUGCGCCUGGACAAGAACACCGGGCUCAUCACCGUGCAGGGCCCCGUGGACCGUGAGGACCUCAGCACCCUGCGUUUCUCAGUGCUUGCCAAGGACCGAGGCACCAACCCCAAGAGUGCCCGUGCCCAGGUGGUGGUGACCGUGAAGGACAUGAACGACAACGCCCCCACCAUUGAGAUCCGGGGCAUAGGCCUGGUGACCCAUCAAGACGGGAUGGCUAACAUCUCCGAGGACGUGUCAGAGGAGACAGCCGUGGCCCUGGUGCAGGUGUCGGACCGAGAUGAGGGAGAGAACGCAGCCGUCACCUGUGUGGUAGCAGGGGACGUGCCCUUCCAGCUACGCCAGGCCAGUGAGACGGGAAGCGACAGCAAGAAGAAGUACUUCCUGCAGACCACCAGCCCACUGGACUACGAGAAGGUCAAAGACUACACCAUCGAGAUUGUCGCCGUGGACUCCGGCAACCCGCCCCUCUCCAGCACCAACUCCCUCAAGGUGCAGGUGGUGGACAUCAAUGACAAUGCACCCGUCUUCACGCAGAGCGUCACUGAGGUCAGCUUCCUGGAGAACAACAAGCCGGGGGAAGUGGUGGCGGAGGUCACGGCCACUGAUGCCGACUCGGGCUCCAAUGCUGAGCUGGUUUACUCUCUGGAGCCCGAGCCGGCUGCCAAGGGCCUCUUCACCAUUUCUCCUGAGACCGGAGAGAUCCGGGUAAAGACAUCCCUUGAUCGGGAACAGCGGGAGAACUACGAGUUGAAGGUGGUGGCAGCUGACCGGGGCAGCCCCAGCCUGCAGGGCACAGCUACUGUCCUCAUCAAUGUGCUGGACUACAAUGACAAUGACCCCAAGUUUAUGCUGAGUGGCUACAACUUCUCCGUGAUGGAGAACAUGCCGGCCCUGAGUCCAGUGGGCAUGGUGACUGUCAUUGACGGGGACAAGGGGGAGAAUGCCCGAAUCCAGCUCACUGUGGAGCAGGACAACGGUGACUUUGUGAUCCAGAAUGGCACGGGCACCAUCCUCUCCAGCCUGAGCUUUGAUCGGGAGCAGCAGAGCACCUACACCUUCCAGCUGAAGGCGGUGGAUGGCGGCGUUCCCCCUCGCUCAGCUUACGUUGGCGUCACUAUCAACGUGCUGGAUGAGAAUGACAACGCACCCUUCAUCACCGCCCCUUCCAACACCUCCCACCGGCUGCUGACCCCCCAGACGCGUCUCGGUGAGACGGUCAGCCAGGUGACAGCUGAGGACAUUGACUCUGGUGUCAAUGCCGAGCUGACCUAUAGCAUCGCUGGCGGCAACCCUUACGGACUCUUCCAGAUCGGGUCGCAUUCAGGCGCCAUCACCCUGGAGAAGGAGAUUGAGCGGCGCCACCACGGGCUGCACCGCCUCGUGGUGAAGGUCAGUGACCGUGGCAAGCCCCCGCGCUAUGGCACGGCCUUGGUCCACCUGUAUGUCAACGAGACCCUGACCAACCGCACGCUGCUGGAGAACCUGCUGGGCCACAGCCUGGACACGCCCCUGGACAUCGACAUUGCCGGGGACCCAGAAUACGAGCGCUCCAAGCAGCGCGGCAACAUCCUCUUUGGUGUGGUGGCUGGUGUGGUGGCCGUGGCCUUGCUCAUCGCCCUGGCGGUGCUUGUGCGCUACUGCCGGCAGCGGGAGGCCAAGAGCGGCUACCAGGCCGGUAAGAAGGAGACCAAGGACCUGUACGCCCCCAAGCCCACCGGCAAAGCCUCCAAGGGAAACAAAAGCAAGGGCAAGAAGAGCAAGUCCCCGAAGCCCGUGAAGCCAGUGGAGGACGAGGAGGAGUCCGGGCUGCAGAAGUCCCUCAAGUUCAACCUGAUGAGCGAUGCCCCUGGGGACAGCCCCCGCAUCCACUUGCCCCUCAACUACCCACCGGGCAGCCCCGACCUGGGCCGCCACUAUCGCUCUAACUCCCCUCUGCCUUCCAUCCAGCUGCAGCCACAGUCACCCUCAGCCUCCAAGAAGCACCAGGUGGUGCAGGACCUGCCGCCUGCGAACACAUUCGUGGGCACUGGGGACACCACGUCCACGGGCUCUGAGCAGUACUCCGACUACAGCUACCGCACCAAUCCCCCCAAAUACCCCAGCAAGCAGUUACCUCACCGCCGCGUCACCUUCUCCGCCACCAGCCAGGCCCAGGAGCUGCAGGACCCGUCCCAGCACAGUUACUACGAUAGCGGUCUGGAGGAGUCCGAGACGCCGUCCAGCAAAUCCUCCUCAGGGCCCCGCCUCGGUCCCCUGGCUCUGCCGGAGGAUCACUACGAGCGCACCACCCCCGAUGGCAGCAUAGGAGAGAUGGAGCACCCUGAGAACGACCUGCGCCCUUUGCCUGACGUCGCCAUGACGGGCACGUGCACCCGGGAGUGCAGCGAGUUUGGCCACUCCGACACGUGCUGGAUGCCCGGCCAGUCGUCUCCCAGCCGCCGGACCAAGAGCAGCGCCCUCAAACUCUCCACCUUCGUGCCUUACCAGGACCGAGGAGGGCAGGAGCCCGCGGGCGCCGGCAGCCCCAGCCCCCCGGAAGACCGGAACACCAAAACGGCCCCCGUGCGCCUCCUGCCCUCCUACAGUGCCUUCUCCCACAGUAGCCAUGACUCCUGCAAGGACGCGGCCACCUUGGAGGAGAUCCCCCUGACCCAGACCUCGGACUUCCAACCGGCAGCCGCACCGGCACCUGCCCAGACGGCCAAGCGCGAGAUCUACCUGUGAGCCCCCUCCUGGCCCGCGGCCACCCCCUGGCCCGGCCGCCGGCCAGCUCCCCGACGGGUCCAUUCCAGGGCCCCCCUCCUGACCCCUCCAGCGUGGACUUCCUGGCCAGGGCCCCAAGUGGGGGGCACGGGGCAGUACUGGCCUCAUGACCACGCUGGCCCUUCCCCUAUGCAGGGUCCAGGUCCUCUUCCCUCACCUCCCCCCCUGGGGAGCCCCCUCUCCCUCUUCCUGGGACUUCCCCAGCUGAUGCCCAAGAGAGCUCUUCUACAGCGACCAGGCUCCCAUCCCUCGGCUUCCAGGGAGCACCCCCUCCUUUGGGUAGACGGUGGGAUCAAGGGCGGGCAGCACACUCUUAACUCAUUGUUCCCCGCAUGGCCGACCAGGCGGAGAGAGGGUGCCCCCAUUCCAGCACUGAAGCAGGGCAGACCUGGGGAACCCCCAGAGGCAUCUCCUGAUCGCGGAGGGGCUCCCGGAAGGGCUGUUGUUACCAAAGGUGGGGUGGGGAUGGGGUGGGAGUGGGCGGAGGCCUUGUCUUCCCAUCCUCCUGGGCUGAGCUGCCCACCACACGCCCAUGCCUGUCCCACCUGCGCCCCCUGCCCUGCUGGUCAUGCAGUGUCUGUAUAUAAGGACCUUGGAAUGAUGUCCCCAUUUCUGCCUGAUUUGCAACUUUUCUCGUUGAUGUUGUGUUGUCUUGGGGGACCCCUCUGGGGGGUACCUGCCCUGUGUCCCCCCACCCCAGGCCUCUAUUGUUCCAUGUUGUAAAUACCUGGGGCCGUGGCGGGAUGGGGGUGCAGGCCAGGGAAACAACGGGUGGGUGGGGGUGGAGACGGGGGUAACAUUCGCCUAUCAGCAGAGCUGGGCUUUUAUUUAAUUUUUUUUUAGAAAAAAAAAAUACAAAUCUCUAUUUUUUUGGAACUGUUGCGCUGUGCCCUGGGGGGAGGUCCCCGCUCAGGCUGGCCCUCCCACAUCCCGAUGAGCAUCACAGAGGGGCCCCGAGACUGUGGGGGCAGCCAGACAGGGGUGGGACGACUGUGCCUCUGGCCUGGUUGGGUGCGUUGGGAGCAGGAAGGUUUGCUCAGGGGGUGGCUGACUGCUGCCCCCAAUAGGGGGGACCUGCACCCUGCUUCCUCCCUGCCCCCCAGCCCCUGCCAUGACUGACCCGUCAGCCUGUAAAACCACCAUUGCCUUGAUCUCGGGGUGGGAAGGGCUGCCUAAGGGCACCCUGGGCUCCUGGCCCCCUUCUUCCAGUUGGGCUUCCCUUUGCCAGGGUCAGGGGUCCCAUGGGGGAGCGGGUAAGGGAGAUUGGGGGGCAGAGAAGCCCAGUCAGCCAUGAUGAGGUGGGAUUCCUUCCUUCACCUCAGGGGGCCAGGGUGUGAGGGGCAUCCUGUAGAGCCCCCGCCUCCCACUGUGGCCAUCUCAAAGCCUCAGUCCCUCUUCCUUCCAGAACCCCCCAUUGCCUUGGCCCAUACCUCUCCAGCGCCCCAGAGGCCCAGGCUGGGAGUCUGGAGACUCAGGGUAUGGCCCUUGCUUGGCUUAGUCUAAGCUUGGGGGGUGGCCCAAGGGUGGGAGAGGUGGGUACAGGCUGCUGGCUUGUCUGGUGCCUUUGGGAGCUGUGUUGCUGGGGUCUUGACCUCUGUAACCCCAGAGACCCCCACCUCCACCGCAGAAAAGCCAGGGGGCUGGGAAUUAUCCUAAACUCUGCUCCUUGCCUCCAACUCGGCUUUGAGUAACUGCUGGGAAGGAGAGCAUGGUUAGGCUGGUGGCCCCAGCGUACACAGCUCUUGUACGGAAGGCAGGGGGUAGACUGAGCUGGGGUGGCAGCAACUAGGUCUAGGGGUUAGCCAAAGGCUCCUUUCCCUGGGGGAGGCCCAGGAAGUGGGCUGGGGCUCGUUAAAGAGACAGCCCCUUCCCCCUGCACAAACGGGGCAGGUGCAAUAGCGGUGGAGUUGGUUAACAUGAGGCACCCGGCUGGUGGGGCAGUGGCUUCCUGGGUCUUGGAGGUCGGGAUCCUUGCAAGCAGAUUGUAGGAGGCCCAUCUGCUCGGUGGAGAGGGUGGUCCAGACAGGAGGCAUUCCCGGGGUCAGUGGACGCCCCCAGAAGCUCCUGGUGGCCAGGGCAUCCGGCUCUGGCCUUGGAGACCCCUGAGCACUGGGCGGAAGGGCAGGGAAGCAUUUUGCACAAUGGAGAAGCCAGAAGGAAGGGGCUGCCCAGAUGGCUGGGAGGGCUGAGAAGCACAGAGGAGGAGCCCUUCCCCAGACCAAGGCAGAGCCCCUGGCCCCCUGGUUGGGGUCGGGGUACGCCGCGUCUCACCACCUGGACACUUGAGAGGUGAAACCAAAGGUGGGCCGGGGACGGGGGACAGCACCGGGGACCGCUCCUGCUGGUCCUAGGUUUGCGAGGCCCUUCCCCAAUGCCUUGUGUCGCGUACAGUUUUAUGUACAAAGAGGCGACAUGUGGCCAGAGGAGACCCCCUCAAACCCAGCCGGACCCAGUCAGUGUCUUCCUAGAGGGGACCUAGCCGGCCCCCACACCCCCUACUUCAGAGCAUGUCUCUCGGUGGGGGGAGGGUAUUCGGGGACAUAUUUUCCUCCCUGGGUCUCUGAAGUGCAUCUCCUGGCCCAGGGGGAAGGUCUCUGGAGCAUCCCUCACCUCUGGGGGCUCCCUAGCCCCUCUCUCUCCCCUCGGGAGUCUCUGAGGGGACAUGUAUUCCCGCUGGGGACCAUGGGAGCGUGUCUCCCCUUACCCAGGCUCCCUGGGGAGCCUGUUUUCCUCCCAGGAUUCCUGGGAGCACUUAAGGCAUGUCCGUGGUGGGCCACCUCCCUUCCCAGGGAAGGGAGCGAUCUCUGAAGCAUGUCCGGGAAGGGAUGUCCCUGGCCCUCCCUGCGCCUCUGCUCCGGGAGUCUCCGACCUGCAGCACUUUGGGGCAAGACUGGACAACUCUUGAGUUGUCUUUUCUCCUAGGGGGUCUGGGGUGCCUCUCUCUCUCCUGAGGGGGCCCCUGCCUCUGGAGCCAUUUCUUCCCUGGGUGGGGGCUGUCUCCUGGUGGCGGGAGGGCUCGAGUUGGCCAUGAGAGUCUCUUCGGGGGCGUCUCUACGUGGGACUUCUCUGGGAGGGGGGACUGUGUCUCGCCCGCGGGGUCCCCCGGCGGGUGUGACUGCCCCCGGGGAGGAGGAGACCGUGUCUCCUCUGGGUAUCUGAGUGGGGAGGGGGGCCGUGUCUCUCUCGUGUGUCGGGGGGUGGGGUCGGGGAGGGGGGUUUGGGGCGCGUCAGGCGCCCACACUGGGGUCGUGUUUCUCUCGGUUCGUGCCGCUUCCCACCGCCUCGCUCCCCCGGGAAGGGCCCCGCCCCGGCCCCGCGCCACCCCCACCCCCAUCCCCACCCCCUCCCCCUCCCUCCCUGGCGCUGCGAGCACAAUCCCGUUGAUUUGUAAUGAUUUCUGUCUCUUUCUGUCUUUCUCUUUCUCUGAUCUCCUCCCACCCCCGCCCCCCGCCGCGAGCAUGCGCAGGCACCGCCCCCGCCCCCUCCGGUUCGGUUCGUUUCCGGUUUGUUUGCUGAGCUGUCAAUGGAAGACCCGUGUAAUUAUUUCCGAGCUUUACAAUAAAAGUGUGAAAACCGGA